AUGGAGUCCAUCAAGCAAAGCACAGAGUUGGUUGAAGAUGAGACACCCACGUUAUUUACGGGAGCAGUUUCUGGCGAUGCUGCCCAGGAGAUGUUGGUCCGGAAAUUACUGAGGUGUCUUGACAGGAUCCUCCCAAUCUUAGCCAUGCUCUUCCUAUGUUCCUUCUUGGAUCGUACCAAUGUCGGUAAUGCGAAGAUCCUCGGCCUCGAGGACGACCUCAACAUCACUGGUCGUCAAUAUGAUAUUGGCUUGGCAGUCUUCUAUCUGACGUACAUAUGCAGCGAACUCCCGAGUAACCUCAUCAUGAAGAAGGCAUCACCGAAAAUUUGGCUGCCAUGGCUCAGUAUAGUUUGGGGUGUUAUUACUAUGUGCCUCGGCUUUGUUCGCAACUUUGCGGGGUUUGUGGCUGUCCGUGCUAUUUUGGGUGUUGCGGAGGGAGGAUUGCUUCCUGGGAUGGUACUGUAUCUAUCGUUCUUCUACCGAAGAGGGGACCUAGCCUUACGCAUUGGGUUGUUUUACACCGCUGCGUCAUUGUCUGGUGCUUUUGGAGGACUCUUAGCUCGUGGGCUGGCUGAAAUUGGCCCUCGGGGCGGACUGGAGGGCUGGCGUUGGAUUUUGAUUAUCGAGGGGCUGCUGACAUUCUUAUGCGGCUGCCUCAGUUAUGUUGGCCUCCCAAAUAAUUUAGAAACAGCGACGUUUUUGACCCCCGAAGAGCGGUCGUUUGCACAGGAAAGGAUAAUGCUUGAUAAUCCAUCCGCACCUCAGUCUCCCUCGGGGGAUGAAUUGGAGACCUUAAGAUGGUCUGAAGUGCGAAGGGGACUGCUAGACCCCCAGAUGUGGUUUUCUGCAGCGGCGUAUUUUGCCAUAUUGUCCGGAUUGUACUCGUUCGGGUUGUUUGUAUUAUUCGUGGCUUUUAUUUCGGAUCGCUUGAAGCUGCGAGGCCCUAUUAUGCUUUUCACUCUGCCUAUUGCAAUUGCGGGGUACGGAGCGAUUGCCAAUAUCCAGUCUGCAAAAGUCAAGUAUGGAAUGACCUUCCUGAUGGCUACCGGGAUGUAUAGUAGCGUCCCAUGUAUUCUGGUAUGGAAUACGAAUAACUCAGCGGGACACUAUAAGCGUGCCACAACGUCAGCGAUGCAGCUGACUAUCGCUAACUGCGGUGGUUUCGUGGCUACGUUCAACUAUCCUGACAAGGACAAACCACAGUAUCACCGUGGUCACACCAUUAUUCUAGCCCUCCUUGUUUUUGCAUGGUUCAUGGUUUUACUUAACAUUCUCUACUGUGCCAAAGUGAACAGAGACAAGAAGAAGGGUAGAUAUGCAGCGUACGUGGGGUAUAACGAUGAUCGAGAUCCGGCGUUUAAGUUGAUGUUGUGA